AUGCUUAACGAAGAAAAUCUCUCCUGUGAAAAAUCUUUCGUAGUUCAUUUAAUUAUAAUUGGAUUCCAUCAUAAAAAAGGUCAUCAGAUUGAAUAUAGUUAUCCAUUAUUAAAUGAACCAAUUGAUGAACGUUGGUCAAAUAUUGGCGGUUUAGCUUUGCCAGAUGGUGCACAUAACAGAAAUAAAGAUUUGAUUUACUUUCAUGUUCCAUCGAUUGAACAAGAUCAAUAUUCAAAUAAAACAUUAUUUGGUAUUGCUUCAUAUAGACAAAUUGAUGCUAAUACUGUAAUUAAUAAAGAAGCUGAUGUAACAAGAAAUUCAAUUCAAAAAAGUGUUUGUCUUAUUUUACGUAAACCUGUUUAUGGGAAUAUUAGCGAAGAACUUGAAAUGUUAACUGAAAAAUAUUUUCAAGAGAAAAACUUUAAUGAAAGAAAACCAUUUGAAGAUUUUGUCGAUAAGUUAAAUAAAAAUCCUCCAGAAUUUGAUUUAAAAUAUUAUUCAGCACGUGAUCUUGUUAUUCGUUAUCGGCGUCGAACACUUAUUCUUUUUAAACUUAUUUUAUUACAAAGAAAGGUAUUAUUUAUAUUGUCACCUAUUCAAAAUUUAGUACAAACCAUAAUGAAUCUAGUCUCUUUAAUUCCUGGUAUAAUUGAAACGGAAUUAAAUGAAUGUACAUUUAUUGAUGAUAAAAAUUAUAUUGAAAAUAAUUUUGAAUUAAAUGAAAAUGAAGAUAUUGUUUUCGAUAGAAAUAUUAAUAAGCAAUUAGAUUUUGAUAAUAUUAAAUUGAAAACAUUAAAAAUAUCGGAUAAUAAUGAACCGGAAGAAGAAGAUGAAGACGACGACGACGACGAUGAAGAAGAUGAAAUUAAAAAUAAUAAAAUAAAUUUAUUAAAACGAGCAACAUCCAUAACAAAUAAAUUAACAGAUACAUUUAAUCGUUUAACAACAAAUAAUUCUGUGUCAAUCGAAAUAAAUAAUGAAGAAAAUUUUGCUUCUUUUGAUCAAUGCCAAUUUUCAUAUGAAUUAUUUAAAAAGAAUAAUCUUCUUUAUCCGUAUUUAUCGAUUCAUAGUCUCGAUAUAAUAAAUAAUAAAAAUGUUAAUUCUUAUAUAAUUGGUGCAAGUAACGGAUUAUUUCGUCAACAAAAUAAUUUAGAUUUUAUUUUAAUUGACAAUGAUGAAGAUUUUCAAAUUCUUUCAUCCGAAUUAAAACAACAACUUCAAUUAACAACAGCUGAUCUAAGAUUUACUCAAUUAUUUGAAGAUUCCCAAUCAAAUGUUAAAACUGAAGAGGAAAUUCGUCGUUUAUUUAAAAUUUAUUUUUUAUCGUUAUUAUCUGUUGCUCGAACACCAAAUGAUCAAGGAAUAAAUGAUUUUAACUCAUCAUUUAUGAAAUCAUUUCAAUCAACAAAUGCAUUUCAUUUAUGGCAAUCGAAAGGACCUUAUCCGCAUAUGGAUCAAAUUCCUGCAAGACAUCCACAAUCAGGACAACUCAAUGUAACUGAUGUGAAAUUACGUGUUGCACAUGCUCUUGACGAUACUGAAACAGGUCGGAAAUUAAAAAAUGCAUUAGAAGAUACAUCUCAAUUUAUGGGAGAUAAAUCCCGAGCAGCAAGUAAAGUUCUUGGACAAGCAAAAAAUUCUAUUUUCUCUUCAUUGGUUGGAACAAUUAAUCAAGGAAAACAAUGGUUAGCUAAAAAUCCAUCGUCAUCUUAA